AAAAGAUGGGUUUGGUUCUCUGCUGAGUUAAAAUUAAAAAGUCAAACCGUAGCCUUUUUGAUUGUUGUCUCAUGUCUGGAAUUCUUCUUCUCUUCUGAUCAAGUUCUUCUGAUAGAGAGACAACAAUGGAUGAGUUGCCAGACCAUUUGGUUUGGGACAUUCUGAGGAAGCUUCAGAAAACGAAUGACAGAAACUCUGUUUCCCUCUCGUGCAGGCGUUUCUAUUCACUUGACAACGAGCAAAGAUACUCUCUACGGAUCGGUUGCGGUUUAGUUCCUGCCACCGAUGCAUUGCUUUCUCUCUGCAGGAGGUUUCCAAAUCUCUCCAAAGUUGACAUCAUUUACUCAGGCUGGAUGUCAAAACUGGGCAAACAACUUGACGAUCAAGGCCUUCUUGUCCUCACCACUAACUGCCCUUGUCUCACUCAUCUCACUCUUAGCUACUGCACCUUCAUCACCGAUGUUGGCAUUCGCCAUUUGUCAUCCUGUACAAGCCUUUCUUCGUUAGUGUUACAUUUCGCUCCCAGGAUCACUGGUUGUGGUGUAUUGUCACUCGCUGUAGGCUGCAAGAAACUCAGGAGGCUUCACCUCAUUCGAUGCCUUAACGUUGCAAGCGUGGAGUGGCUGGACUAUUUCGGAAAGCUUGAGACUUUAGAAGAACUCUGCAUCAAGAACUGCAGAGCGAUUGGGGAAGGUGAUUUAAUCAAGCUGAGGAAUAGCUGGAGAAAGCUUCGAAGUCUGCACUUUGAGGUAGAUGCCAACUACAGGUACAUGAAGGUUUAUGAUCAAGUAGCUGUGGAGCGGUGGCCGAGACAAUUGGUUCCUUGUGACAGUUUGGUGGAGCUCAGCCUUGGGAAUUGCAUCAUAGCUCCCGGUCGAGGGCUCGCUUGUGUGCUUAGAAAUUGCAAUAACCUGGAGAAGCUUCAUCUGGACAUGUGUAUCGGUGUCAGCGACUCAGACAUCAUAGCAUUGGUCCAGAAAGCCAAACGCCUCAGAAGCAUUUCACUUCGUGUGCCAUCGGAUUUCACUCUGCCUCUCUUAAACAACAUCACCAUAAGGCUAACCGAUGAAAGCCUCAGUGCCAUAUCUGAACACUGCUCGAAGCUCGAACGUUUCAAGAUCUCUUUCUCGGACGGGGAAUUCCCUUCGCUCUUCUCUUUCACCGUCCAGGGGAUAGUCGCUCUGGUGGAGAAAUGCCCGAUUCGAGAGCUUUCACUUGACCACGUGUGUUCGUUCAACGACAUAGGGAUGGAGGCUCUAUGUAGAGCUCAGAAUCUAGAGAUAUUGGAGCUUGUCCACUGCCAGGAAGUGAGCGACGAGGGUAUGAUUCUGGCGAGCCAGAUUCCAUGUCUCAGAGUGUUGAAGCUAUCAAAAUGUCUUGGAGUUACAGACGAGGGACUGAGACCACUUGUUGGAUCUCAGAAGCUGGAGUUGCUUGUGGUGGAAGACUGUCCUCAGGUGUCUAGAAGAGGUGUUCACGGUGCUGCAACGUCUGUGUCUUUCAGGCAAGACUUGUCAUGGAUGUAUUGAGACAGAGCGCAUUGUUAUAAUUAUUUGCCCUACUACGGGUAUUUGGUGUCAGAAUGGCCUCGUGGGGAUGACGUCGUGUGUGUCGAUCUGAGUUUAAGAUGGCGUCAUGCGGGUGUGUAGUAGGCUCCUUGGAUGACGUCGUAAUGUUGUUUAAUUAUUAGGGACUCUGUAAAUGUAAUGACGGGUUAAAUAAAUAAAUAUAGCGUCAUACAUAAUAAAAGAGAAACGUUACAAAAUGGUUUUUGACUGAUAUCUUUCUAAUCCAUGAGAGCAUGAGCUAAGUCAUUUCUGAAGA